CACGCCCCCUCGUCACAGGACACGCCCCCUCAUCACAGGACACGCCCCCUCGUCUCAGGACACGCCCCCUCCUUUGUCUCCAGACCAGGUGGACGAGUGAACAGGUGAACCGGUGAGUUUGGGGGCAGCAGAGUCCCGCACAUGAGUCUGGACUACAGGACUCGAAACGGUCUGGAUCUGGUCUGGACUAAUAACUGGACUCGGUUCAAAGUCCAGUCUGUGUCUCUGUGUGUCUGUGUCUGUGCUCGAUCACAAGUCAAACACGGAACAUGGCGGGUCCGUCCUCGGUCCGGGUCUUUGGUCUUCGGGUGGGUCCGGGUUCGGAGCUUCUCUCGUCUCUUCAGGACUUCGUGGAUCAGAAUCGACUCCGAGCUCCGUUCAUCGUCACGUGUGUCGGCAGCGUCACGUCGGCCCGACUGCGGCUCGCGCACGCCACCGCCGACAACACCAACCAGGUUCUGGAGCUGAGCGGUCACUUCGAGAUCGUGUCUCUGGUGGGGACGCUGAACCCUGAGGCCCACCUGCACCUGAGCCUGUCGGACAGCAGGGGGCACACGGUCGGGGGUCACGUCCUGGGGAACCUGAAGGUCUUCACCACGGCCGAGGUCGUGAUCGGAGAAGCUCAAGACCUGAGCUUCACCCGAGAGAUGGACCCUCAGACCGGAUUCCCCGAACUCGUGGUCCAGCCCAGGAGCUCGGAGGAGACCAAAGACCAGACCAAGGACUAGACCAAAGACCAGACCAAGGACUAGACAAGGACCAGACCAGGGACUAGACCAAGGACCAGACCAGGACUAGACCAGGGACUAGACCAAGGACUAGACCAAGGACUAGAUCAAGGACCAGACCAGGGACUAGACCAAGGACUAGACCAAGGACUAGACCAAGGACCAGACCAAGGACCAGACCAGGAACCAGACCAGGAGCUCGGAGGAGAACAAAGACCAGACCAAGGACUAGACCAAGACCAGACCAAGGAGUAGACCAAGGACUGGACCAAGGACUAGACUGGACCAGGGACCAGACCAAGGACUAAACCAAGGACUAAACCAAGGACUAGACCAAGGACUGGACCAGACCAAAGACCAGACCAGGGACCAGACCAGAGCCCAGAGACCUGGACCGGUUUCACUGAUGUUGUUGUAUUGAAUUUAUAAAUUUGCCAAAAAUUUAAUUCUGUGUAAAAUGUUUCCAGAUAAAUGUUUGUAAAAUCCUU